UUUCCUAGGUGUUAUGGGUUGAGCCCUUAUCUGUGUUAUCUGUUGAUGUUGUUGUAUGUUUUUACCGGCGGCAGUCCAUGAUAGUAUUUCUCACGGCGUUACAUAUCUUCGGACUCUAAUAAACUUUCAUUGCUACAUAAACCUGUGUGAUCUCUCACGCACACACACAAAGCCAGUAGAAUAUACAUGAUGCCAGAAGACAGCAGAUACGAACUAUCGCCUCUGAGUAACUUUUUUUUCUGGGCCGCGUGUUUUCAUUGUUCGGCGGACCCGAUGCUGUGCUAACUGGCUAGCCGAGCCGAGGACAUCGUUUUUUGCGGAGUCAUGGUGGAGGGUUUUCACAGGCCACACACCGUCUUUUUUGACGAUAAUGUUGCCGAAAGCUGGCGGUUUUUUGAACGGGAGUACGACUUUUUUUAUUGCUCCAGCACACCCCGAGAAGCCUGCAAAGAAAAAGUCUUCAAGACAAAUUCUCCUUAACCUGGCCGGCUCUGAAGCCAUCGACCGCGAACGUUUAUUCGUGUAUCUGGCUGAAGUGCGCGAGCCCGGGAAUAAUGGAGUGAUCAUCACCUCGGCGGAGUCCAGAGAGGAUCCAGAGUGCUUGAAGAGGAAAUUGAGGGAAAUGUGCAAUCCUCGAAGCAAUAGGACAAUGGACAGGGACAGAUUUCAUUCACAGAAUCAAAGACAAGGCUUGGCUGGCCCAGGUCAGCGCCACAUGGAUGGAUCCCACUGCGGGAGAUGUGCACAUGGAAUACAAAGCCCAUGAACGUCCGAGCCUAACCUCGCUUCAAGAACCCACACGGACGAUAUGAGAACAACUCUGCAGCGAAUCGAAAUUUUGUUGUUGCUCCAAUCAGGAUUGAUUGGCGACGUGAGCUCUUUGUGACCCAAAAGGCUUAACACAGGGAGGCUUUGCUUCGCCGGCUGUUGCGCCCAGCUGCUCCGUGGGGCCGGGCAGCGAUGGCAGGCGGUCGCCCGCAGGAACAGGACACCCCGCCCGAGAAUGGCUUCACCUCACUGGAUCCCCCGGUUCCCAGGUUGCUGCCGCACAUCGACGGGUCGGUUCUGCCGUCUCUUGGAGGGUUCGGGAGGCACCAGAAGCAGAUCGUAGUCCUGACCUGGAUACCGGCAUUGUUCAUAGGCUUUAGCCAGUUCUCGGAUUAUUUUCUCCUGGCACAGCCCAAUGGCACGUGUUUGCAGUCUUUGGCGAACGACAGCAAAUGGACCGUGGAAUCAUAUUCGACAAACCCACUGCUUCAAUUCAAAGUCAACGGUACCGGGGAUGGAUACGACAACGGGAGCGGUCAACUGUGCGCCUGCAAGGAGAGGACAUUGGAACUGCUCACCGGACUCAGACAGAACGUGGUUACCAAGUGGAACUUGGUGUGUGAUUCAGCAUGGAAGGUCCACAUUGCCAAAUUUUCUCUGCUGGUGGGCUCCAUAUUUGGCUACCUAGUGAUGGGUGUCAUGGCCGAUUGGUUCGGCCGACACCCAGUUUUGAUUCUCUCUGUGCUCUUCAUGCUGGUGUUUGGUUUGAGUGUUGCCUUCUCUAUAAAUGUCACCAUGUUCAGCACCUUGCGCUUCUUUGAAGGUUUCUGCUUGGCGGGCCUCGCUCUCUCUCUCUACGUGCUCAGGGUUGAACUUUGCUUGCCCGCCUGGCGUUUCUCCAUGACCAUGGUGGCCAGUUUCCUGAUGGUCGCAGGGCAGCUCCUGAUGCCGGGGUUGGCUGCUUUGUGCCGUAAUUGGCCAGACCGAGAUGAUUGGCAGGUCCUUCAGAUUGUAAUAAUAAGCCCUUUUGUAUUGAUGCUGCCCUACUUUUGGAUUUUUCCUGAAUCAUUGCGGUGGCUGUUGACCACCCAGCACUACAGACGUUCAAAAGCUAUGAUGGUACACAUUGCAAGAAAGAACCAGGUUGACAUAAUGGCUGAACCUAGCAGAGUUCUUUCAGAGCUGGAGCAAGAAACGCACAAGAAACCACUGAGAACCUGCAUAGUGAAGAUGAUGAGCACCAGGAACCUGUGGAAAAACAUUGUGGUGCUGUGUGUCAACUCGCUAACAGGCUAUGGGAUACACCACUGCUUCGCUCGCAGUAUGAUGGAUCCGGAGGCCCAGCCCACUGCUUUGUGCCACACAGACUACUACACCAUGGCUGGCAUCGCCGUGGCAACAUGCAUGACACUUUGCCCCGUGGUCGGACUCAUGGGUCGACGUGGAGGGCUUCUUACCUUCAUGAUCAUCACAGCCCUUGCAUCACUACUACAGUUGGGCUUGCUCAAUCUGUUUGGAAAGUACAGUCUUCGGCAUGACACAGUUCUGCGAGACAGUCUGAAGAGGAAAUUCUCUGUGGCCUUCUCAAUCAUUGGCAUGUUCUCUUCUCAUGCUGUCAGCACGCUUAGCAUUUUCUUUUGUGCUGAAAUCACUCCAACAGUCAUCAGGGGUGGCGGUCUCGGCCUGGUUUUGGCUAGCGCCGGCUUCGGCAUGCUUACUGCGCCCAUCAUGGAGCUUCACAACCAGAAGGGCUACUUCCUGCAUCAUGUGAUCUUCGCUUGCUGCACACUGCUGUGCAUCAUCUGCCUGCUGCUGCUCCCAGAGCCACGGGGUCAGCCACUGCCUGAGACCAUGGUUGAUGGAGAGAUGUUCACCCGUCAAAUUUUGCUCCAUCCGGGCGAGCAACAUCUUCUUCUGGCUAAGAGUGACAGGGACUACUCCCGCGUCCAUGAUACACCGCUUCACCUGUCCACCACGGGUGGUGCUACGGUAGCAGCAGCCACUGCUCUGGCAGCGGUACCUGCCUCAUACUGCUUGGCGACUGGUGGCGAAGUGAUUCGCAACCAUGCAAUGGCCAAUGGCGUUUGAGCAAAACUGUACUUAGUUCGUCAGCAAUUAACAAAACUGGAAUGCUAUUUGAACUUGUGAUUUACUGUAACUAUUUUGAAGGGACCAGCUAUGUUAUUAACCAUGUGAUUUGAAAAAAUAAGUUGGAAGGUAAAUUUUUAAUAAAUGGCGAAUUCAAAAAUUGCCAAAAUAUUUUGCCAGAGGUCUCCUGUAGUGCACUGCCUUUGACUCUUUUAUGAGUCUUCCCCAGGUAAAAAGAGCUAACUGAGGCAACUGGAGUAGCUAUGUGCGAUGUGUUUUAGUUGGCAUCUUCUAAUUGUUAUUUUUGCACUACAAGUCAAAGACACAAUCAAGAAUCUUGUGUUUUUAGCCAACACAUUGCAGAUGCAGGGAUUGACUCAACCACUGUCACUUUUACAUGUUUUUUUUCUUGUAUGUGAUCCACAGUGGCACUUUAUCCUCUGAGGGGAAUUUAGCAUAGACACUUUUUUUUUUAAGUAAGCAUUGCAGCUGUUGAAGGUGUAUGAUGGUUUUAUGUGCAACCGGAGACCUUGGCACACCUUACGUGUUGCUAUUAGAAACAGCACGUAAUGCUAAAUAGACACGAGAGUUGAAUGGACUGGAAGUGAUCUUCCACUACUCUAAUGAUGCGUCUCAACAUUUUAAAUCUCUUGAUUUUGGACAUUUUAUCAUGCUGCCCAAUUUUGUCACUUGUGUAGUGUCCAUGACUAGCAAACAUCCUUCUCCAUGUCUCCCUCUGUGUUCUCCGUACUGUGGCAAUGAUGUAAUCCUACUCCUAUGACAACUCUGGCCAAUAAGCACAAUUACAAAAAUAAAGAUGUGAUGAUUAGAAUAGACCAGUCUGCCUAGAACAGUAUUGACAGUUAUUAGUGUUCAUUCAGUUAUUAAUGUUCAUUCAUACAAGUAUCCCUUAGUACUUACGUGUUAAUGAACCUAUCAAUUAUGAUGUAUUAUAUACCCAUUAAACUUAGUUAUUAUAGUAUAUAAGCACACAAUGUAGUGACAUUAAACAUGUCCCACUACAUGGACAGAAUUGUAGGAUUCAACAUAUUCCUUCUACUUCUUUGCAUGUAUUGUAUUUUGAACACCCUGUACGAUUUGAUAGUUCACGUUUUCAACAGUUAAACUGUAGAAAGAAAAAAAAAACAGCCACCAGAACCAUUUUCUAAGGUGUUAUUUUUUAAUGAUGCAUUUGUAUAAAAAGCCACUGGCUUACAUGUUUUGAUAAUAAAAUCACUUAAUUUAUUGUGUCAAUAAAAACACUGGAUGUGAUUGUGGUGUAUGUUCUUGUAAAAAAUAAGUGAACAACCUGCUGUUACUGUUCAUGGAUAUCCAUAUUAACAUACAAAGAGGCUCACUUAAAAAUCAAAAUUUCCCUGGAUAAAGCUGAAGUUCCUUUUUUAUUCUGUUUUCCACAAGCAGAGAGAGGCUGCAGUCAGUCAUUGGAAGGUUGUAACUCAUAAAUACUUGUUUUUUUGUCUUCUUUGC